GGUCCUUUUCCGCCUCUCCACACUUUCCUUUUCUUGCCUGUUAUUUACUUUAUUUGCGUAUUAUGCAUCAAUGCAUGUGUAAAGUGAAAUUAGUGUAAUUGAAAGGAAAGUAUUAAACUUAACAGACUAGUACUCCGUAUUAUUCAGUCAAAAACCACUCUUUUUUAGCGUCUUCCUUCACUCCUGCCUAUGCCGUUUCAUUGACCUCAGUCACAACCCUUUUUUUCUCUCUUCUUCCUCGAUUUUGAUUUCGGGUUUUCACAACAAUUUUGAGAACUGUGUAGAUUUUAUGGAAUAGGUGUUUGAUUUCAAGUCCAUUGAUACAAGUUUACAUGGGGGGUUUCAAGAAUGACGGUCUUAAAUGGGUUACUAAGGAAAGUGAAUUCAGAAAAAUGAAUGUUAUUAGGCCUUUAGGGUCAGUAUCAAAAGCUAAACCAGUGAUUGUGAGUAGCAGAAAAUGUGGGUAUGGAUCAGAUAUGGAUUUGGAGACUGAUUCAGACGAGGAGAUUUAUGUUGGACAUUCUUCAAUUGAAUCGUCGCCCAUGGAUGAAAAAUUCCGUAAUGGGGUUGAGCAGAAACGCACCGGUUUUGUUGGUGAUAAGAAAACUGAUCGGUUUCCUAAGGAUUAUUCAUGUAGACCUGAUAAGCCUGACGUUAGAAGUAUCCACUGUGAUUCCCCGGAAAUUCUUUCUUCUAGAGGCCAUUCAUACUCAACCUUCAAGGGUUCUCUUGAUAUGGAGGAAAGAUCUUCUGGUUCUUUGCCAGCUCGUAUACCCAAUUUUCACGCUAGUGGCCUCAGUCCUUGGAAUGGCGUGGUUACCUAUGAUGCCUGUGUACGAUUGUGUCUCAACUCAUGGGACAAGGGUUGUAAAGAAGCUUCAUUUUUCUUGAAUAAUGAAUGUGCAGUACUAAGAGAUGCCUUUAGUUUGCGGAAUGUACUUCUUCAGUCAGAGGAGGAGAUAAUGUCAAGAAGAGCUUCUGAGCUAGUUAGUGGAGCAACUGCUCCUAAACCAAAGAAAACAAUAGGAAAAAUCAAAGUUCAAGUGAGAAAGGUGAAGAUGGCUUUGGAUCCACCUUCUGGCUGUGUUUUCCCGCAGAUGCACAAGAUGGACCUUGAAAAAAUUCAGUGUCAUGUCUCUAAUGUGAAAUCAAAGCUCGCAUUGAAAUGGGAAGCUCUACAAAAAAUACAAGCAGUACGUAAUAUACCAAAAAAUGGUUCUCUGUCAAGCAAGAGUUUGGCAUAUGUGAAUGUUGGCGCUCAAUAUAUGAAGGAGAUUGGUGGUCUUUUGAAGAGUGGCUUGACUUCUUCUCAGACCACAACAUCCGAAGUUGUGCAAGAAACAUAUUUUUGUUUGGUGCGAUUGAAAAGCUCUUCUGAUAAAGAUGCAGUGCGAAUGCAACCGGGCUCUGGUGAAACACAUAUUUUCUUUCCGGAUAGCCUUAGUGAUGAUCUCAAUAUAAUGGUUCUGGACUCGAGAGGCAAUCAUUGUGGAUGUGUUGUAGCUCAAGUUGCAUCAGUUGUGGAUGCCGAUAAUGACAAGAGCCGAUGGUGGCCAAUAUAUCACGAGCCUGACCAUGAACCUAUUGGCAAAGUACAAUUAUGUAUCAAUUAUUCAACAAGUCAGGAUGAUAAUAGCCAUCUGAAGUGUGGUAUUGUUGCAGAAACUGUUGCAUAUGAUCUUGUGUUGGAGACUGCAAUGAAAGCUCAAAAUUUUCAGCAAAGGAACUUGUUGUUGCACAGUCAGUGGAAGUGGCUUGUAACUGAAUUUGCGUCUUUCUAUGGUGUUUCAGAUGCUUAUACUAAGUUGAGAUAUCUAUCAUAUGUUAUGGAUGUUGCUACACCAACUGCAGAUUGUUUGCUUUUGAUUCAUGAUUUGCUGUCUCCUGUGAUCGCCAAAGAAAAUACUUUGAGUCACCAAGAGAAACGCAUCCUCGGUGUCUUGUCUGACAAAAUUGAGGACGUUCUUGCUCUGGUUUUCAAAAACUACAAGUCGUUAGAUGAAACAUCGCUCUCAGGGUUGGCUUCUGUUUCUACGACAGCGACUGGAGUUGUUGCUCCUGCUAUUGCCCCGGCUAUCAAACUUUAUGGCCUUCAGCAUGAUAUGCUGUCUCCUGAAGCAAGAUUGAAAUUUUGCAAAUUCUUUCAGGUUGCUUCAAAGAUAAGGUCAAGAAGACAUUUAGGAGAAAUAGAUGAGUUUGUCUUCAGCAAUGAGGCUGCCAAAAUGGACAAUGUGGCAUCUACAUCGGCGUAUCAAAAGAUGAAAUCUCUUUGUCUGAUCGUGAAAAAUGAAGUUCGUACAGACAUAGAGAUCAACAAUCAAAACAUUCUUCCCAGUUUCUUAGACCUUCCAAACCUUACUUCGUCGAUAUAUAGUGCUGAGCUCUCCACCAGGCUAUGUACGUUUCUUAAGGCAUGCCCUCCAGCUGGACCCCUGCCUCCUGUUACAGAACUUGUUAUAACCGUAGCUGACUUUGAAAGAGAUCUUGCUCUGUGGAACAUUAACACCGUCAAAGGUGGAGUUAAUGCAAAGGAGUUGUUCGGCUCCUAUAUAAGCAACUGGAUAAAGGAGAAGCAUGUAGCUUUACUUGAUUUCUGCAAGACAAGCAUGAUGAAAUGCUCUGAUCACAAGGCUCAACAGCUGACAUGUCCUUCCAUUGAUGAAAUAUAUGAUCAGUUGAGGCAGACAUUGAACGAAUAUGAAAUUAUUGUUCAUCGUUGGCCAGAAUAUGCUGCAGUCUUGGAGAGUGUGAUGGCAGAUGUUCAAAAUGCUGUAGUGGAGGCCCUGGAGAAACAAUAUGCUGAUGUUUUGUCGCCGUUGAAGGACAAUCUUACAAAUCUGGGCCUUAAAUAUGUUCAGAAAUUCGCUAAGAGAUCUGACAGCUUUUAUACGGCACCUGCAGAGCUGGGAGUUGUUUUGAAUUCCAUGAGAAGAAUGCUUGAUGUGCUGCUUCCCAAGGUCGAGGUCCAGCUGAAGUCAUGGAGUACUUGCAUCGAUGAUGCUGGAAGUGCUGUUCCAGGAGAGCGUCUUACUGAAGUAACAAUUAUGCUCAGAACCAAAUUCAGAAACUACAUCCAAGCAGUUCUUGAGAAGCUAGUGGAGAAUACGAGACUGCAAAGUUCAACAAAGUGGAAGAAAAUAAUUCAAGACUUUGAAGAGACUUCUGCUGAGUCAGAUGUACAAAACAGAGUGCAGCCUCUGCAGGAUUUAGUGAUAAAAACGAUAGAGAACCUCCACUCAAUACUGGAAAACAGCGUAUUUCUAGCAGUUUGCCGAGGUUUCUGGGAUAAGAUGGGACAGGAGGUACUGAAUUGUUUGGAGAAUAACAAAGAAAACAGGUCCUGGUAUAAGGGACUGCGAAUUGCCCUCCAGGUGUUAGAUGAAACUUUCACGUCUAGAAUGCAGCAGUUGCUGAAUUAUCGUGUUCCAGAUUCGGAUCUUGAGCCACCGAGAUGUAUAUUAGAAGCGCAUUCCAUGCUCCAGUAGUUGAAAUGGACUCUGCUGCUAUCCUAGCUAUCAUAUUUUUUUCCUGGCUAAGAAGCAGUGCUAGCUCUACAUGUAUAUCUAGUAUGUACAAUAUUCUGGGAAAAAUCCCUAAAAAAUCUUGACGUUAAGUGUGUAUAGUGAAUACUAAUAGAAUAGUAACUAAAAUUUGACCCUUUUAGGGUGGGGAGGUUUUGUCCUCAAUUUUGUUAUAUUCCCCUUAGAAUUAAAAGAAACAAAAUAUAGAAAAAUGAUUUGAGAA